ACUAGACGCUUGAAGAAAAGCUGCCAUCCAAGAAGACGACAUGCUUUCAGCAACCCCCCUGUAUGGGAACGUGCACAGCUGGAUGAGCAGCGAACGGGUCCGCAUGUGCGGGAUCAACGAAGACAGGAAAAUUCCUGUAAAUGACGGUGACGCUUCAAAGGCCAGACUGGAACUGAGGGAAGAAAAUCCCUUGAACCACAACGUGGUGGACGCGACCACUGCCCAUCGGAUCGAUGGCCUGACGGCGCUGAGCAUGGACCGCACCGGCCUCAUUCGGGAAGGGCUGCGGGUCCCGGGCAACAUCGUGUAUUCCAGCCUGUGCGGGCUGGGCUCCGAGAAAGGCCGGGAGGCCGCCGCCAGCUCCCUCGGCGGUCUCGGGUUUUCUUCCGAAAGAAACCCAGAGGUGCAGUUCAAACCCAACACCCCCGAGACGGUGGAGGCCUCCGCCGUCUCCGGAAAAGCCCCCAAUGGCUUCAGUGCCAUCUACAAAACGCCACCCGGAAUACAAAAAGGCGCGGUGCCCCCCGCAGAGGCGCUGGGCUUGGACCGGCCGGCCGGCGACAAGCAGAGCCCUCUCAACAUCAAUGGUGCUAGCUACCUGCGGCUGCCCUGGGUCAACCCCUACAUGGAGGGGGCCACGCCAGCCAUCUACCCUUUCCUGGACUCGCCAAACAAGUACCCCCUGAACAUGUACAAGGCCUUGCUACCUCAGCAGUCCUACAGCCUGGCCCAGCCGCUCUACUCCCCGGUCUGCACCAACGGGGAGCGCUUCCUCUACCUGCCGCCGCCCCACUACGUCAGCCCCCACAUCCCCUCGUCCCUGGCUUCGCCCAUGAGGCUCUCGACGCCUUCGGCCUCCCCGGCCAUCCCCCCGCUGGUCCACUGUGCCGACAAGAGCCUGCCCUGGAAGAUGGGCGUCAACCCCGGGAGCCCCGUCGAUUCCCACGCCUACCCCCACAUCCAGAACAGCAAGCAGCCCCGGGUGCCAUCCGCCAAGCCGGUCAGCAGCGGCCUGCCAUACAUGACGGUCAGCGGAGACUUCCCGGUGGCCAGGCUCUCCAAGUACCCGAAGGCGGCAGAGGGGGCGGACAGCGCGCAGCCGGUGCCCGGGCACCCUCGGAAAACGGCGGGUCAGGACAGGAAAGAUGGGGGCUCGCCUCCUCUCUUGGAGAAGCAGACGAUUACCAAAGACGUCACCGAUAAGCCGCUGGACUUGUCCUCGAAGGUGGUGGACGCAGACACGUCCAAAGCCGAGCACAUGAAGAAGAUGGCUCCCACGGUGCUGGUGCACAGCAGAGCCGCGAGUGGCCUCGUGCUGGCCGGGGGCGAGAUGCCCAAGGAAACCUUAUCCCCUCCGGGGAGCGGCUGCGCUAUCUAUAGAUCUGAGAUCAUCAGCACGGCGCCCUCGUCCUGGGUGGUGCCCGGGCCCAGCCCCAGCGAGGAGAACAAUGGCAAGGGCCUGCCGCUCAAAAACAAGGCCUUGGACUGGGCCCUCCCGCAGCAGCGGAGUUCCUCGUGUCCUCGCAUGGGCGGCACGGACACCGUGGUCACUAACGUCUCGGUGUCCAGCGUUUUUGGCCGCCCGGCCUCCGCGUCGCCAGCUCCCAAUGCCAAUGCCAAUGCCGAUGGCAGCAAGACCAGCAGGAGCUCCGUGGACACCACGCCGUCCGUCAUCCAGCACGUGGGCCAGCCCCAGACCACGCCCGCCAAGCACAGCGGGGCCAGCAGCAAGGGCACCAAAGCCAGCAACCCAGACCCGAGCUUCAAAGCGAGCGAGAAUGGCCUCCCGCCCAGCUCCAUCUUCCUCUCUCCAAACGAGGCUUUCAGGUCCCCACCCAUCCCCUACCCCAGGAGCUACCUCCCCUACCCGGCGCCCGAGGGCAUUGCCAUCAGCCCCCUCUCCUUACACGGCAAGGGACCUGUCUACCCUCACCCGGUCUUGUUGCCCAACGGCAGUCUCUUUCCCGGGCACCUGGCCCCCAAGCCCGGCCUGCCCUAUGGGCUGCCCACCGGCCGGCCGGAGUUUGUGACCUACCAGGACGCGCUGGGGUUGGGCAUGGUGCAUCCCAUGCUGAUACCUCACACGCCCAUAGAGAUCGCGAAGGAGGAGAAGCCGGAGAGGAGGUCCCGGUCCCACGAGAGAGGCCGCUACGAGGACCCCACCCUCCGGAGCCGCUUCGAUAUGCUGGAAGCGAGCAGCACCAAGUUACACCCAGACGUUCCCGCCGACAAGAACCUGAAGCCCAGCCCCGGCUGGAAUCAAGGCAAAACGGUCAUCAAGAGCGACAAGCUCGUCUAUGUGGACCUCCUUCGGGAAGAGUCAGACACUAAACCUGACGCAAACGUGUCCAAAGCUGGCUUCGCCGCCGACAGCAUCGGCCAGACCCCUGAGCCCGCCAAGCCCGCGGCCGAGCCGACCCUGCAGUCGCACCGCGAUUUCAUGGCCCUGAGAGAGGAGCUGGGGCGCAUCAGUGACUUCCAUGAAGCUUAUGCCUUCAAACAGGCCGCGGGCCAGGCCGUCUUCAGCUUAAGCAAGGAGGGCGCUCCAGCGGGCCCCAGCAAGGAGAACCUGGGGGUGCCGGUCUCCGCCCCCCCGUUCCUGGAGCCGACACUCGGGAGCGAUGGCCCUGCUGUAACUUUUGGUAAAACCCCAGAGGACCCCAAACCAUUUUGUGUGGGCGGUGCCCCACCCAGUGUGGACGUCACCCCCACCUAUACCAAAGAUGGAGCUGAUGAGGCAGAAUCUGAUGGCAAAGUGCUGAAGCCGAAGCCGUCGAAGCUAGCCAAGAGAAUCGCCAACUCCGCUGGUUACGUGGGUGACAGAUUCAAGUGUGUCACCACCGAACUGUACGCAGAUUCCAGUCAGCUGAGCCGGGAGCAGCGGGCACUGCAGAUGGAAGGAUUACAAGAGGACAGUAUUUUAUGUCUACCCGCUGCUUACUGUGAGCGUGCAAUGAUGCGCUUCUCAGAGUUGGAGAUGAAAGAGAGAGAAGGUGGCCACCCAACAACCAAAGACUCCGAGGCGUGCAAGUUCAGCCCUGCAGAGUGGGAAAGCUUGAAAGGAAAUCAGGACAAAAAGCCAAAGUUGGUCGCCCUGGAGGAGGCCAUUGCUGACCAGAAUGACAGUGAGCGAUGUGAAUAUGGUGUUGGAAACAAACACGACCCCUUCGAGCCCCCAGAGAACAAGGACCUGUCCCUGGAGAAGUACUUUGUGGACAGGCAGCCCGUGAGCGAGCCGCCCAUUAUUUCUCCAUUAGAUGACUGGCCUGAGAGGGAAAUGACAAACAGUUCCUCUAACCACUUAGAAGACCCACAUUAUAAUGAGCUGACCAACCUGAAGGUGUGCAUUGAAUUAACAGGGCUGCAUCCUAAAAAGCAACGCCACUUGCUGCACCUUAGAGAACAGUGGGAGCAGCAGGUGUCGGCAGCAGAGAGCAAACCUGGCCGGCAGGGCAGGAAGGAAGUGACCCAGGCCAGUCAGCCUGAGGCCACAGCCCAGGGCAAUAGCCUCUCCGAAGAGAAGCCUGGCAGGAAAAGGGCAGAGACCAAAGGCAACAGAAGCUGGGCGGAAGAGGCCCUCAAGUGCAGUGACAAUGAGCAAGGUUUGCCUGUGUUCGCCGCCUCUCCGCCCAUGAAGGGCCUUUCAUCCCCCAAUGCGAGCGGCAAAAAGCAGACUCAGCCAAGCUGCACGCCAGCCUCGAGGCCGCCUGCCAAACAUCCGAAAAUUAAAGAAAACCCGAAGACAGAUGUGCUGUGCACGGACGAGGAGGAGGACUGCCAGGCUGCGCUGCUGCAGAAAUACACCGACGGCGGCGAGAAGCCGUCCGGGAAGAGGCUGUGCAAGACCAAGCACCUGAUCCCGCAGGAGCCGCGGCGCAGCCUGCCGCUGCCCGGGGACUACUAUGUGGACAAUGCUGACGGCAAGGUGACGGUCAGGAGAGUCCGAAAGCGGCCCGAGUCCAGCUCCGACUACGAUCUGUCCCCGGCCAAGCAGGACCAGAAGCCCUUUGACCGUUUGCAGCAACUGCUACCCGCGUCGCAGUCCUCCCAGCUGCCUCGCUCCAGCUCCCCGCCCGAGGCCACGCAGUCGCGCCCCAUGCCCCCCGAGGCGCGGAGGCUGAUUGUCAACAAGAACGCGGGCGAGACCCUCUUGCUGAUGGCAGUCCCCCUUCGCUCCCCGCAGGAGGUGGUCUUGUACUGCUUGGAGAAUAAGAUUUGUGACGUGAACCACCGCGACAAUGCCGGAUACUGUGCCCUGCAUGAAGCCUGUGCCAGGGGGUGGCUGAACAUUGUGCGACACCUUCUUGAAUACGGUGCUGAUGUCAACUGCAGUGCCCAGGACGGAACCAGGCCCCUCCACGAUGCGGUCGAGAACGACCACCUGGCGAUCGUCCGCCUGCUCCUCUCCUAUGGUGCUGACCCCACUCUGGCCACGUACUCAGGUAGAACCAUCAUGAAGAUGACGCACAGCGAACUCAUGGAAAGGUUUCUAACAGACUAUUUGAAAGACCUGCAGGGCCGCAGCGACGAGGACUCCAGCAGCUUCUGGGAGUUUUACGGCAGCUCCGUGUGUGAGCCGGAUGAUGAAAGUGGAUAUGACGUGUUAGCGAACCCCCCGGGGCCAGAGGACCUGCAGGAGGAUGACGAGGCCUACAGUGAUGUGUUCGAAUUUGAGUUUUCAGAAAGCCCCCUCUUACCAUGUUACAACGUCCAAGUGUCCGUCGCUCAGGGGCCUCGCAACUGGCUGCUGCUGUCGGACGUGCUGAAGAAGUUGAAGAUGUCCUCCCGGAUCUUCCGCUGCAACUUCCCCAACGUGGAGAUCGUCACCAUCGCCGAGGCCGAGUUCUACCGGCAGGUUUCAGCCAGUCUCCUGUUCUCUUGCUCCAAAGACCUGGAGGCCUUUAACCCCGAAAGCAAGGAGCUCCUGGAUCUGGUCGAGUUCACGGGCGAGCUGCAGAGCCUGCUGGGCUCCACCGUGGAGUGGCUGCACCCCAGCGACACGGGCUCGGACGACUACUGGUGAGCCAGCCCGGCCGCCUGUACAGUGUGUCAUAGUGUUAAUCCUUGUGCAUAUGUGUCAUAAUACGGCUAUUUCUGUAAAGAAAGGACACUAUUACAUAUGGAAAUAUCUCUUCUUUAUAUAAGAGAAACGGCCCCAGUCGGAAGGACUUAGCAACGUGUUUUUGUUUUCUUUUUAAACUUUUAAGUCAGUUUUUAUGAAGUUGUUAUAACGUUCCUUUACUUGUCCAUGCACACACGCUUUGGGAUAUGUUUGUGUUUUUUUUUUUUCUUGGAAGAUUUGUUUCUUUGCUUUUCUUUUUUAAGGAGAAAAAAAAUGAGGAAAGGGAGCGCAACACUUUGACUUAAUUUCACACAAAAGCUCCGAUGGAUGGCCGAGGCCGCAACCAUGUAGUGUGGUUGCAACUGUGUGGUUGGUUUGGGGGUGAAUUCGGUGAUGUUGUAACUUUAUGUUUUGUUUACAGAGUACCUGCUCGGGUCAGGUAAAUGCUAUUGGAUGCAAUCCAGUGGCGUGUAAUAUAAAUUCAAACCAUAUCCACACACAACAACUAAUUGUAUGAAACUUUUAUAUCCUAAUUUAAAAGCUGUGAAAUUAGUUUUCACGCAUCAAACCGGAUUGUUUAUAUGUUUAAACAUUUUAUGCUCUUAUUUAAAGAAGACUUUGAGCUAUUUUUUUCUGUACCCUGUAAAAUAUUGAAAACUAACAUAAUAUGUUGAGGUUGCUUGAAAAUGUACAUAAAACUAAAAUUUUCUGAAUUGUGUGUUUAUGUUUGAAAUCUGUGUUUUAACUUUGUAAGUAAAUUCUCUGCCUUUGUAUUUAUAUUUUACAAAAAUUUUCUUAAAAGGCAAUAAACCUGUUGAAGAAAGGAGAA